UCGCUCAGUGCCGUUGGUGAGUUUUCACAGCAUGGCGGAAGGAGUAGUCGUCCGGAUGGAUCGUUACUCACCUUUUAAUUUAUGUCUUCUGUCUUGACGAGAGGAUUUUGCUUUUAGAAACGCUUUUCAUCCCACUUAAGACAACUUCAGCGUGUUCUCGCGGCGAUGGCAGACCGCGGAGUGGAUUUGGCAGCCCUGCCGAAAGAGGUUAGAGAGCAGUUGGCAGAGUUGGAACUGGAGGUGUCUGAAGGGGACGUUACUCAGAAAGGCUAUGAAAAGAAACGAGCAAAACUUCUGGCCCCAUACGUACCACAUACCCAAAAUGUGGACGUGAGUAUCAAGUUGACCCCGGGUCUUUCUUCAGACCCCCGCCCUAACGCCGUCCCUAUCGCCGCCCCACGGCAACACAGAGCUCACCGCAGCGGCGGGGCACGGGAUGACCGCUACCGCUCAGAUAUCCACACAGAGGCUGUGCAGGCAGCUCUGGCCAGGCAUAAGGAGGAGAAGAUGGCCCUUCCCAUGCCUACUAAGCGGCGAUCAGCCUUCGUCCAGUCUCAAGCGGAGAACUGCACUCCUCCUGAUACGUCGUCUGCGUCGGAGGACGAGGGCUCGCUCCGCAGGCGUCAGGCCGCUAUCAGCGCGAUGUUGGCUCAAAACCUCCAGAGUCCCGAUUGCUGGAUCAACCGCUCCAUUCAGGGCUCCUCCACGUCCUCCUCUGCCUCCUCCACUCUCUCCCACGGAGACAGCAAAACCCACAGCCAGGGGCAGACCAGCGUGCUCGCCGACGUGCUGGCACACACCCGCAUUGAGAGCAGCAACGUACCUCCUGAUGUCACGUCCUCCGUGCCUCAAGAGAGGAACUCGAGAGUAGACCUGGCGCCAAACAGCGCAGUGAGGGGCAUGAGUCGCGGCCAGGGUCGCUCCAGUAUGAUGGACACUGCCGGCGGUGUUCCAGUGCACAGUCGAGUCUCCACUAAAAUCCAACAGCUGCUCAACACGUUAAAGAGACCCAAGCGACCUCCGCUCAGCGAGUUCUUUGUGGACGACACGGAAGAGAUAGUGGAAGUUCCACAGCCAGAUCCCAAUACACCCAAGCCGGAGGGCAGGCAGAUUAUUCCAGUGAAGGGGGAGCCGUUGGGUGUGGUCAGUAACUGGCCCCCGGCCCUGCAGGCAGCACUGGCUCGAUGGGGAGCCACACAGGCCAAAAGCCCCGCCCUUACUACCUUAGACAUCACUGGCAAACCACUCUACACUCUCACUUAUGGUAAACUAUGGAGCCGCAGUCUGAAGUUAGCGUACACGCUGUUAAACAAACUGGGCACCAAAAGUGAACCGGUGCUAAAACCUGGAGACAGAGUGGCAUUAGUGUAUCCCAACAGUGACCCGGGAAUGUUCUGGGUGGCCUUUUACGGAUGUCUCCUCGCUGAGGUCAUUCCUGUCCCUAUUGAGGUGCCGUUAUCUCCGAAGGAUGCAGGAAGUCAACAGAUCGGCUUCCUGUUGGGCAGCUGUUGUGUGGCGCUUGCUCUCACCAGUGAAGUGUGUCUUAAAGGACUGCCAAAGACCCCUAAUGGAGAAAUAGUGCAAUAUAAAGGAUGGCCUAGGCUCAAGUGGGUGGUGACUGAUACCAAGUAUCUUACCAAGCCAUCUAAAGACUGGCAGCCACACAUACCAACAGCAAACACUGAUACUGCUUACAUAGAGUACAAGGCCUCUAAGGAGGGUACGGUGAUGGGCGUGGCUGUGUCUAAGAUCUCCAUGCUAACACACUGUCAGGCUCUGACGCAGGCCUGUAAUUACUGUGAAGGAGAAACACUGGUUAAUGUCCUCGAUUUCAAGAAAGACUCUGGCUUGUGGCAUGGAGUGCUCGCGAGUGUCAUGAGCAGAAUCCACACUAUCUGUGUGCCAUACUCCGUCAUGAAGGCAUGUCCACUGUCCUGGGUGCAGAGGGUUCAUGCUCAUAAAGCUCGUGUGGCCCUGGUGAAAUGUAGGGACCUGCACUGGGCCAUGAUGGCUCGCAGAGAUCAGAAGGACACCAAUCUGUCCUCUUUGCGCAUGCUGAUCGUAGCUGAUGGAGCUAAUCCUUGGUCAGUGUCUUCAUGUGACGCAUUUCUCAACGUGUUCCAGUCUCAUGGCCUCAAGCCAGAGGUGAUCUGCCCAUGUGCUUCCUCCCCUGAGGGUAUGACCGUGGCUAUCCGCAGGCCUGGUGCUCAAGGAGCUCCACUCCCAGCCAGAGCCAUUCUGUCCAUGGCAGGACUUAGUCACGGGGUGAUCCGGGUCAACACUGAGGAUAAAAACUCUGCUCUUACCGUUCAAGAUGUGGGUCAUGUCAUCCCUGGAGAUCUGAUGUGUAUUGUGAAGCCUGAGGGGCCGGCAAUGCUCUGUAAGACAGAUGAGAUCGGAGAGAUAAUGUUAAACUCACGAGCCGGAGGAACCAUGUACUACGGCCUGCCCGGGGUGACCAAGAACACGUUUGAGGUAAUCCCUGUAAACUCAGGUGGCACCCCUAUAGGAGAUGUUCCAUUCACGCGAACCGGAUUGUUGGGAUUUGUGGGUCCGGGAAGUCUGGUGUUUGUGGUCGGGAAGAUAGAGGGUGUGCUCUCAGUCAGUGGACGCAGACACAAUGCAGACGACCUGGUGGCCACAGCGCUGGCGGUAGAGCCAGUUAAAACCGUUUACAGAGGAAGAAUCGCUGUGUUCUCCGUCACCGUGUUUUAUGAUGAGCGAAUCGUGAUUGUGGCCGAGCAGAGGCCUGAUGCCAGCGAGGAAGACAGUUUCCAAUGGAUGAGCAGAGUCUUACAGGCGAUAGACGGUAUCCAUCAGGUGGGCUUGUACUGCUUGGCGCUGGUGCCUGCCAACAGGUUACCCAAAACUCCUCUGGGUGGCAUUCACGUGUCUGAGACCAAGCAGCACUUCCUGGAGGGAUCGCUGCACCCAUGUAACAUUCUGAUGUGCCCUCAUACGUGCGUGACCAACCUUCCGAAACCAAGACAAAAGCAACCAGUAGGAGUGGGUCCAGCCUCCAUUAUGGUGGGCAACCUCGUGGCAGGAAAGAGGAUUGCACAGGCUUCUGGGAGGGACCUUGGGCUCUUGGAUGACCAAGAACAAUCCAGGAAGCUCUGUGUGUGGCCCACUAACAUGCAUCAGUUCCUGUCUGAGGCCCUGCAGUGGAGAGCACAGACUGAUCCUGAUCAUGUCCUCUACAUGCUGCUGAAUGCAAAGGGGGUAGCAGUGAGCACGGCCACAUGCUCUCAGCUGCACAAGCGAGCUGAGAAGAUCACUGCAGCUUUGUUGGAAAGAGGGGGAGUUAACACUGGAGACAAUGUAGCGCUGCUUUAUCCACCCGGCAUUGAUCUAAUAGCCUCUUUCUAUGGCUGUCUGUAUGCCGGCUGUAUUCCGGUCACCGUUAGGCCACCUCACCCACAGAACCUCGCUGCCACUCUGCCCACUGUCCGAAUGAUCAUAGAUGUGAGCAAAGCCGCUUGCAUCCUCACGACUCAGAUGCUGAUGAAGACCUUACGAUCUAAAGAGGCGGCAGCCAGUGUGAAUGUGAAAACAUGGCCAAAUAUCAUUGACACAGAUGAUCUUCCCAGAAAACGGCCUCCUCACAUCUAUAAGCCGCCCACUCCGGAAAUGUUGGCCUACCUGGAUUUCAGUGUAUCCACCACCGGCAUGCUAACUGGAGUAAAGAUAUCUCACUCGGCGGUCAGUGCUAUAUGUCGAUCCAUCAAACUGCAGUGUGAGCUGUACUCUUCCAGACAAAUUGCCAUCUGCAUGGACCCCUACUGUGGCCUGGGCUUUGUGCUGUGGUGUCUGUCUAGUGUUCAUUCAGGUCACCAGUCAAUCCUGAUCCCUCCUAUGGAGUUGGAGACGUCUCUACCCCUGUGGCUGAGCACGCUCAGUCAUUAUAAGAUCAGAGACACCUUCUGUUCUUAUUCAGUCAUGGAGGUCUGCACUAAGGGCCUUGGCACACAGACCGAAGCUCUGAAGGCGCGAGGUGUGAACCUAUCGUGUGUAAGGAGCUGUGUUGUCAUAGCAGAAGAGAGGCCUCGCUUGGCACUCACCCAGUCGUUCUCCAAACUCUUCAAAGACCUGGGCCUGUCUCCACGCGCAGUGAGCACCGCGUUCGGCGCCAGAGUCAACCUGGCCAUCUGUUUACAGGGCACCGCUGGUCCAGACCCAUCCACUGUUUAUGUAGACAUGAAGUCCCUCCGACACGACAGAGUGAGACUGGUGGAGAGAGGAGCUCCACAGAGUCUGCCACUGAUGGAGUCCGGCACUAUGCUUCCUGGAGUGCGAGUAAUCAUUGUAAACCCAGAGGCUAAGGGACCACUUGGAGACUCUCAUCUUGGCGAGAUCUGGGUGAAUAGUCCUCACAAUGCCAGCGGUUAUUACACCAUCUACGGUGAGGAGAGCCUACAGGCGGACCACUUCAACACACGGCUGAGCUUUGGAGAGACGGGCACGCUCUGGGCCAGAACUGGAUAUCUGGGGUUUGUCAGGAGGACAGAGCUUCUGGAUGCCAGUGGAGACCGCCAUGACGCUCUGUUUGUGGUGGGUUCGCUGGAUGAAACUCUGGAGUUGCGGGGUUUGCGUUAUCACCCCAUUGACAUCGAGACCUCUGUGUCUCGGGCGCACCGCAGCAUUGCUGAGAGUGCUGUCUUCACAUGGACCAAUCUUCUGGUGGUCGUGGUGGAACUCAGCGGGUCAGAGCAGGAAGCUCUCGAUCUUGUUCCUCUGGUCACAAACGUGGUGCUGAAAGAGCACCAUCUCAUCGUCGGCGUCGUGGUCAUCGUGGACUCCGGCGUCAUCCCCAUCAACUCACGAGGCGAGAAGCAGCGCAUGCACCUACGCGACUCCUUCCUGGCUGACCAACUGGAUCCCAUCUAUGUGGCAUACAACAUGUGAGCGAGUCCCAAAGGCAUUCCAUGAGCACAACGUGGCACCCAACGAUCCGCUCACAGUGGCCGUUCCUCUGUGCUGUCGGCACACCACGACACGAAGGACGACGCUGGCCAAUCUCUGUUUCUGCGCUGAGCCUUGUAGAUAUUUUUAUGUUCUCUCUAAUGUGAUUGUGGCCGAGUUGUACCCUCUUUGACCAAUGGUGGCAGUAUCCACCCUGACUCAAGCCAUCCAACCCCGACUCAAGCCAUCCAACCCCCCUGGAUGUUAAAUGGCAUAUAUGGAGGGUGGUGCUCUUUUAGAAUAUACUCCUGCCCUUUAAAUGAGGUGAAAGCACAUUUUCACCAUACAAAAUGCAGAUGUUGACUUUGAUGUCUUUGGAAUCUUAGUGCCACUUUAGCAGAGCUUAGCUUACACAAUAACAUCGAAAGACCGUGCUGGCGGGGUAUGGGACUAACCCGUGAAGCUUUUCUGUGCACUUUAUCUCCUGAUGGGCUGCCUGCUCAUUGGAGAGUCUGCCAUUUUUCAUCCUGGAAGUGCAAACUUAGUUUUAUAAAUUAACAGUAUCACCAGCAAAGUAAACAUAUCGGUUUCUUUCACUCAAAACUGUUCAUUUUAAUGGUUUUAAAAGGACGUUUACAUGCACCACCUUUUAUUUUAGAUGGAAAGGUUUUAACCUGAGUGAGGAGGGUAGGGAUAUGUCCUUAUUGAAAGCACACACAGCAAUUUUAAGACAAAACAUUGAUAAUUUGAGAUUUAUAUGCAUUAAACAUGUAUAUUAUGGGUGACAGAAAAGUUUUAAGGUGAAGACAGUUCCAUGCUUUUUAAAUCUUGUGGACGUUUCUGUUUUUAAUGUAUGUUUCUGUCUUUAUUUUGAUUCUGGUGUCAAAACGGACUUUGGACAGAUGAACAGAUAGAAGGUUUUGUUUGUAAACUAUAUAUUGUAGUGUCUCACUGGUGUUACUGUAUAAACAAAUAGGGACCCCAUUAUCUGGUCCUCCAAAAAACUUGACUGAUCUUUCAUACUUGAUGGCAAUUCUCAGCAUCACUGGCUAAAGAGUCACGAUGCUGAAAUAAUAAACAUAUUUUACACAUUAAUGCUUUGACACAAAAAAUACCACAUCUUUAAUAACCAUUUUCUCAUUUACCCUUGCUGUUUUUGUAAAUGUUGGCUUGAAUGUUGUGUGUGUGUGUGUGUGUGUGUGCGUGUGCGUGUGCGCGUGUGUGUGCGUGUGCGUGUGCGUGUGUGUGCGUGCGUGCGUGCGUGCGAAUGUAAGUGUGAUAGAAAGGUUGCUUUAACCAGGGCUUCCCAAAACCUGGUCAUUUUAUGGGCCAUGUAGAAGCUUGAAAGUAUAAAGUAGACAUCAAAGAAAUAGAGGAAAGGAUGAGUAAUAUCUGUUAGAAUACAAUUAUGGUAACAUAUAUAUCACCUUAACAAAACAUUGAAAUGGCCUUAGAUAUCAAAAUAUUCUUCUUCCCUUCCAGAUACGUUUACAUGUGAAUGUCUGUGCACCUCUUUAAGAUGCACAAGGUUUUUUAUUCUUUGACCUGUUUUUAAUUUGGAUUUUUAAUUUCAUUCUUAUUGGCAAAAUAGUGAUUUUUUCCCCCCUGUUUAUUGCAUUUACUUACUGUUAUUAAAUCUUCUAAAGUCUUUAUUACAGUAAUGUCAUGUGAGCAAUGUGCAAAUAUAAGUAAACUGUUGAACGAGCCUAAAUACAUUUUAAUUUAGUUCUAUUUUACCACAUCUGAACGCUUUGUAAAGCAAUACAUUUUGAGAACAUCAAAGGAUACACUUAAUUAAAUGCACC